AUGACUAGGUCUAUGACGGCUAAAAGGAAACCCAGAUGCUUGGAAGACGAAGGGCCUAAUAAAUCAGGUGUGGUGAUGGCUGAGACCAGAACUUCGAAUACUUCCCAGGGGACCAAUGAGCCAGUAGUGUUUGAUGAGGGUACGUUACCAUGGGAUAGGCAAGAAUUAAUUAGGGAACAGUGGGCUGACCCUGCUCUGUUAGACGCUCGCACGCAGGUGUUAACAAAUAAAGAGAUUGAGUUCCAGUUGUCAGCACAUGAUGCUGAACAAGAAUCUUUGGGAUUCACACCGUUUGAGUUAGUAUAUGGCCAUUCGGCUAAAGGCCCACUAAAACUUGUCAAAGAUAGUUCGUUUGAAGACUCUAGUUCAGAGAACCUGCUGAAUUACCAAGGGGAACUCGCGACCUUAAUAAAGAAGAACCUGUCCAUCUGUCAAGACCUGCCUACAGUGACCAAUGCUGUAAUAAAUCAUGUCAGCCUGGAUCCAAUGACGUCGCCCAUUCGUCAGCAUGCCUAUAGACUCAAUCCUGACAAGCGUGCAGUUUUAAAAUCAGAAAUUGAUUACAUGUUGAAAAACAAGAUCAUUGAACAUUCCAGUAGUCAGUGGGCAUCACCCGUUAUCCUCAUAUCCAAGGAAGAUAACAGUUUUCGAAUGUGCACUGACCUAUGGCGUGUUAAUCAGCUGAUUCAAGCUGAUGUGUAUCCAUUACCAAGACUGGACGACUGA